AAUACGAUUAUUCUCGUCUCUGGUUUCUCUCUCUCUCUCUCUCUCAAUCCAACUCUGGCUGUCUGGCUGCGGUCUGUCUCUCUGUUGGGUUCUGAUCUGCUGCGAUUCUCUGAGAGUCAAGUCAGCUCUCAGGUCCCAAUUCAGCAAACAACAAGGAUUUGUUCACCUAGUUUUGGUAAAAGUUUAGCGCGUAUCAUUGGAUUCUUUGCAUAUAUCAAUUUGAAGAUCUAUUGUCCAUACAGCUCUCUCAUCAGACAGCUUGAAUUCUGUUUUGUGCUUGGAGUGAACACAUCUCUGAUUUGGUUGGAAGAAGCUUAUCAUUCAAAUCUCUCAUCAUUCUUUAUACUCAAUUAAUUUUAAGUCAGCCGGAAAGGAAUGUUGUAUUAGUAAUAGAUGGGGAACUUGUUGGUGAAGAAACCCAAGAUCACUGAAGUUGAUCGAGCUAUUCUCUCUCUCAAGACCCAGAGACGCAAACUUGCUCAGUACCAACAACAGCUUGAAGCUGUGGUUGAAGCAGAAAAGCAAGCUGCAAGGGACUUGAUUCGUGACAAGAAGAAGGAAAGAGCAUUGUUGGCAUUAAAGAAGAAAAAGGCACAAGAGGAGUUAUUAAAGCAAGUAGAUACCUGGGUUAUUAAUGUUGAACAACAGCUGCAAGAUAUUGAACUAACAAGCAAGCAGAAAGCUGUAUUUGAGAGUUUGAAGGCUGGCAAUAAUGCAAUUAAAGCUAUACAAAGUGAGAUCAACCUUGAGGAUGUACAAAAGCUAAUGGAUGAUACUGAUGAAGCAAAAGCUUACCAAGAUGAAAUUAAUGCAAUCUUGGGGGAGAAAUUAUCAACAGAAGACGAAGAGGAAAUUUUAGCAGAAUUUGAGAACUUGGAAUCCCAGAUGGGUGUUAAAGAUCUGCCCGAAGUACCUUCCUCAGUGCCAUCCGUUCAAGAAGAUGAGAGAUUGGACCUUCCAAAUGUACCAAACAAAGCGCCAGUUUCUGCUAACAGUAAAGUUAUGGAGGAACCGGUGUUGGCUUGAUCAAUAUAACUCGGAACAAUUAUGUAAUAACCCAAAUUUGGUUGAUUCAUUUCUUGCAAUUUCAUUGAGAUUAAUGAAAUGAUAUUUUGGUUAUAUCCAUAUUA